UGUUAGUCAGUGAUUCCAUGUGCGUGAAGAUAAAUGAAUCAUACGUGAGGAAUCAAUUGUAAUUGAAAAAUAAAUAAAUAAAACAGAGAAAGGAAAGAAGAAAAAGUGAGAUACGAGGGCGUCAAGUUUUUUAGUCUUGCCUUUUUUUUGGAAAAUGCUGUCUAUGAUUCUUCUGGUAAAACUGAAGAAAGAAGGAUGAGGAAGAAUAGAAAUAGAAGAAUGAGGAAAUUGGUGGUAGGAUGAGAAGGAUUAGGUUGCAUAGCUGAAAAGACACGACGAGAAAGCCAAAGUCGGUGAAAGCAAGCAAACGACUUGCUAGUACGGCAAGUGUACGAUCCGAGCGUGACAGACGUCGCUUGGCACUUGUAACAUCCACGUGCAUUAAAAUUUUAUUAAUUUUUUUUUUUUUUCACUUCUGACUGAUCUUGACAGUGGUAAUUGGUUGGCAAUUAGUGAUUUGAUUGUUUAUUAAUGCGGCAAUUUUUAUUUUGAAUCAUUAUUGUUUUUGGUGCUGUGGUUGUGGAAAAAAUUUAUGUAAACGAUGCCAAAUUUGUGGAGGAUUGAUUGAUUUCUUCAUACACUGAGUUACAUUUUUGGUGGAUGAUGCUGCUGAGAUUCAUUGCAAGGAAAUCAAUUGCUCCAAAUGACAAAUAUGCUGUUUUUAAAGCAGCUAUUGUCGUGUUUGUAUUCAACUUCAUCAUCGAAAUUCAGGGAAGAAAUGUUUAUGGAACGGAAAUUGGUGACAGACCUCAAGAACAGUUUGCGUAUUCAAGAUCCAGGAGUUUUUCGAGGGAUCAAUUCUUCCCGGUUGUGAGAAAACGGCUUAGUAUUGAUAGAUAUUUUGACGGUAGUGAUGAUUUUAGUGGUAAUAAUAAUCAUAAUAAUAAUAAUAAUAAUAACAAUAGUAAUAACAAUAUAAAUAGAAGAAUUGAAAAGAAAGAAAUUAGAAGAACGCAAAAAAAUGAUGUGCAAAGAUUAACAGAAUUCAAAAACAAACCGCAGAGCAAAUUAAUUGAAGAGGAAUUUAUGGACGUCCAAAUUGGAGAACUGCAAAAUUUUGGGGAAGACGGUGAUACUAAGAACGAAUUGGAGAAGCUUUUGGACGAAUUGAAGGGUCCAGAUGGCAGCAAAAUUGAGGAACAAUCAAGUGAGCGUGGACGUCGUGGUAGAAGAAGAAAACUUAGCAGCCAUGAACAAGGAAUUCUACUUGUAGAGACUCUGAAGAAGAAGAAAAAUUACACUAGUUACGACGACCAUCGGGGGCAUGCGGCGAAUCUUAACAGUGGAAUCAUGGACAUGCUUGGGAGAAUGAUUCCUCAAACGUGCAAAUAUAAAGGCGCCAAAUUCGAAUGUGGUUUAAGUAUCAGCUGCGUGUUGAGUGGGGGACGACCUGUUGAUUUAUGCUCCGGUGGUCUCAUUUGGAGCUGUUGUGUUGAUGAUGAUGAUAUCCCGGAAAAAGAGCCUUCGAGACCUACAUCUGGAGUCCUGCAAAAUGCCAGCUGCGGAGAGCUCUACACGAGAAGUAACAGGAUCGUGGGUGGACAUAGCUCCAGCUUCGGCAGUCAUCCAUGGCAGGCCGCAAUAAUAAAAUCUGGUUUUCUGACAAAAAAAUUGUCAUGUGGAGGGGCAUUAUUAAAUAACCGUUGGGUUGUCACUGCUGCUCAUUGCGUUGCAACAACUCCAAACAACAAUCUAAAAGUAAGAUUAGGUGAAUGGGACGUGAGGGACGGCAGUGAAAAACAGCUGCACGAAGAAUACAACAUAGAAAGAAAAGAGGUUCACCCUCAAUAUUCGCCAACGGACUUCCGGAAUGAUGUAGCUUUAGUGAAGCUUUCACGAGCGGUUGCUUUCAAACAACACAUUGUUCCAGUUUGUUUGCCCGCACGAAAUCUAAAACUUUCAGGACGCACUGCAACCGUAGCUGGCUGGGGAAGAACGCGACACGGUCAAAGUUCCUCUCCAAAUGUUUUGCAAGAAGUUGAUGUCGAGGUUAUUCCUAAUGAACGGUGUCAGAGGUGGUUCAGAGCUGCCGGACGAAGAGAAACAAUCCAUGAUGUUUUUCUGUGCGCUGGUUACAAAGAAGGCGGCAGAGAUUCUUGUCAAGGUGACUCAGGUGGUCCUUUGACGAUGGCCGUUGAAGGCAGACAUGUUUUGAUAGGCUUGGUCUCUUGGGGAAUUGGUUGUGGCCGUGAACAUUUACCAGGGGUUUAUACAAAUAUACAGAAAUUCGUACCGUGGAUUGAUAAAGUUAUGAGUUGAGAUUUCAGCAAUUAUUAAAUAGUAAUAAUUAUUGUUUUUAUUUAUUUAUUGUCAUAAUUGUUAAUGCCAGCCAACCUCAUCUCUACUCGUUUUUUUUCUGAUCAUGUAAGAUUAGAAUAUUUUUUUCUUGUAGAUAUGUUGUACAAUUUAUAAUAAUUAUCAAGCCCGUCUUUUUCAUAAUUAUUAAAUUUAGUUAAAAAUUUUU